AAAUCCUCUCCGCGACUGUCGCAGAAGCGGCAUCGGCGACGACCAUUUUACAGACAACGUAACCCUGGCGAGUAUCUCGUCCAACAACACAAACCCCAUCGCCCGCGGCGGCACAGAUGGUGGCGGCGAACGCGGCGCAUUUUCAGGCAGCCCAGCUACCAAAGAGGAAAGGGCGGAGUCGUAUCAGUGGAAGAAAUACGGGCAUAAAUUCCUGUCUUCUCAGAAUGCGAAAAGGUUCUACUACCACUGCGCGGAGCGCGACACCACCGGCUGUCCCGCGAAGCUCAUAAUCGACAAGGUCCCGAAGAAGAAGACCAAGCACGGCCGGCGCUCGGGGCUCAAGGACUUAGUGGCGCGGGAAGUUCCAGAAGGAACCGCCGCGCGACGGCCACCGAUUAAUGGAGCCGUCGUUGGGGCCGAUCGCGAGUCCGGCUCGCCGCGAGCCGCGGUCGCUGAUGGGGGGGAGGAGGAAGAGGAGGACGAUUCUAGUUUCGGAUGGGAGGAGAAUCGCGAGAUUCUCGACGCGCUUCCCGUGCUCGAGCGACGCGUGGAUCGCACGCUCACCCCGCGCCGCUUCUGGUGCCGCAAUCGGCACAACCACCUUCCGCCGCCGCAGCAGCCGCUCCAUAUGGUCGUCUCCGCCGCCGCCGUCGCGCAGCCCCGCAUGUACGUCACGGCGGCGGGCGCGGGCGCGACUAUUGCUUCCGCCGCCGCCACGGUGCUUCCGCCGGCGCCGGCGGGUAUCAUGACCGUUCCGCCCGCUGCGACGCUUACCCCGACGGUCGCGCGGACGGCCUCCUCCACCAGCGGCGCCGCUUCCGCCGCCGAAACUCCGCGCCGCCCGUUGACCCCGAAUUUGGCGGACUGGCCGUAUCCGCCAAAGUCGCGCAGCCCACCGAUGGCGGGUGGAGAGGAGCGCGGAUCUCCGCCAUGCGCGCAGCCGGGUCGGAAACGGCCACGGAGCCCGGCGCGUCCGGCGGACGAUCAUCACAAGAUCAGUACUACGGACGCCGCCGCCGGCGCGGGGUGGGAUCACGGCAGCCGCGCCAUGAUGACCCGCCGCCACCUGCGGAGCGGCAAUGAUCACGAAGUGUUGUCCGUCAAACGCGGCGAUCCCGCGUUGCUCUUGCCCCCGCCCCCGCCCGUCGCGCCCGCUCCGCCCAUCUUCCAGUAUUUAUUCCCGCACGUGGGCGCACACAGUGCGAGGUCGACCCUUGAAGCCCCUCUACUCUCCGCGGUCCUGGAGUCGCUUUGUCCGACCGCCGCUACCGCCGCUACAGCUGCCACUGCUGCCGCCGCCGCCGCUGUAGCUCCCGCUGCGGCGGGCGCAGACGCGGCUCGUACAGCCGCAGCAGCGCGCGGCGCCGGCGCCACGGCGGCGGGCGUGCGUCGUAGCGCGAGCGGGUACGACAGGGGGCUGCUGAGGGGAAUCGCGGGCGCGCGGAGUCCAGUCGACCUCACUCCACUCGUGUUCCCCCGCGGCGCCCACGUCUCCCCCGCGCGCGGAGACCCUGCGGAAUCCGGCCCUGUGUCUGCGGACGCCACCCGCGCGAGCGUUUCUGCAGCGACGGCAGCGGCGGCGGAGGGAUUGGACGGGGGUGGUGCAGCGUGUGGGAAGGCGGAUGAGGGUUUUGAUACACUGCUGGCAGUGAGUCUGCCACGUGGACUGCUAGGAUUGGGCGAUGCGCAGCGAGAGGCGGUGCGGCAACGGGCGGAGGAGGGUGCUGCCCAUGCUGGAACGAGCUGCACUGCUCUGCCCCCACUCUCGUCCUCUUUCCCUGCUGCUUCCACUUCUGCUGCUGCUGCCGCCUCUGCUCCUGCUGCCUCUGCUGCUGCCUCUGCUCCUGCUGCCUCUGCUGCUGCUCCGGCUGCUGCUGCUGCUGCUGCUGCCGCUGUUGGUGGUGUUGGUGGUGGUGUCACCACGGGCGUGGCGGGCAGAAGAUUUGAGGAGCUUCAAGCGCUUUACCUUCAAGGGCUGCUGAGCUGUCAGGGUCUGGUGGGGAGCGGUGGUGAGGGGUUAGUUGGGAUGGAAAGCCGUUCCUCAGGGAAGAAGAUGAGUGCGCUUGCUGGGCGCGGAGUGGGUGAGAUGGAAGGGAGGAGUGUGUGUGUGGAUGAGGAGAGACCGGGGUUGAGGGAGGCAGGAGGAAGAGGGGGAGAUGGAGGGGUGGUGGUGGCACGCGUGGCAGUGGAGAUGGAUUUGAUUGGUCAGCUUGGUGACGGGACAGCUGUUGGCAGACAGGCGGCAGGCAGUGGUGCUCCUCAGGUGCUUUCAACAGAGCUGUGUCUCUGA